UCAAUAUACACACAGAAAGCAGAGCAGCGCUUUGGGUAUAGUUGAAGGUGCUCUAGAGCGAAAGAAAUCCAGGCAGGCGCAGACACCUUCACGCACUGAGCAGAGGUUUGCGGCGCAGUUUGUGAGGCGGCCGGGACCCGAUCUUUUAAAACCAUGCUGGAUUGACUGCAGAGAGGCAACUACAAUCAAUGGCUUGGCUUUGAAAUCGUUCAAAAUUUAUUGGAAAGGAGUGUGAGAUAGAGCGACAGCGAGAGAGGGAGAGAAGCGAGGGAGAGAGCGGUGAGAGGGGUGGAAAUAAAGAUCCUUUCAACGAUGGAGCUUACAAUGGAAAACAUUGGAAAUCUGCACGGUGUAUCUCACUCCCAUCAAACGAGCGACUUAAUGAACUCCCCCCACGCGCGCCAGUCGUCGGCGUCGCAUCGGAACUUGGUGUCGCACGGACGGUCAGCCAUGGUGUCCAGCAUGGCCUCGAUACUGGAGGGAGCAGGGGACUACCGCACAGACCACGCUUUGUCUGGGCCCCUGCAUCCGGCGAUGACCAUGUCGUGCGACUCCGGGAUGAGCCUGAGCAGCACCUACACCACGCUGACGCCGCUGCAGCACCUGCCCCCCAUAUCCACCGUCUCGGAGAAAUUUCACCAUCCACACCCACAUGCUCACCAUCAUCCGGCGCACCAGCGACUCGCAGCCGGGAAUGUCAGCGGCAGCUUCACCCUGAUGAGGGACGACAGAAGCCUCGCCUCCAUGAGCAACCUCUAUGGCCACUACCCCAAAGACAUGUCCGGCAUGGGGCAGCCACUUUCCCCCCUGUCCAACGGUCUCGGGUCUUUGCACAGCUCCCAGCAGACUCUCAGCGCCUAUGGACCUGGAGCUCAUCUCUCCAACGACAAGAUGAUCUCCUCGGGGGGCUUCGAGUCCCACAUGCUGUCCCGGGGCGAGGAGCACCUGGCCCGGGGUCUCGGGGGCCAUGGGCCCGGGCUCAUGACAUCCUUGAACGGCAUACACCAUCACAGCCAUCCGCACUCUCAGGCAAACGGGUCCAUGCUGUCAGACCGAGACAGGCAGACGGUGGUGGGAGGCGGGCAGGGAGGUGGGUCAGGGCAGGUGGAGGAGAUAAACACCAAGGAGGUGGCACAGCGAAUAACAGCAGAGCUCAAACGCUACAGCAUCCCCCAGGCCAUCUUUGCUCAGAGGAUCUUGUGCCGGUCCCAGGGAACUCUGUCCGACCUGCUGCGGAACCCUAAACCGUGGAGUAAACUCAAGUCUGGCCGGGAGACGUUCAGGAGGAUGUGGAAGUGGCUCCAGGAGCCCGAGUUCCAGCGGAUGUCGGCGCUCAGGCUUGCAGCCUGCAAGCGCAAAGAACAGGAGCAACACAAGGACCGCAACACGACGCCCAAGAAACAGCGUCUGGUCUUCACUGACCUGCAGCGGCGCACACUCAUCGCCAUCUUCAAGGAGAACAAGCGUCCAUCCAAGGAAAUGCAGAUCACCAUCUCCCAGCAGCUCGGCCUGGAGCUCAGCACCGUCAGCAACUUUUUUAUGAAUGCGCGCCGCCGCUGCGUGGACCGCUGGCACGAUGACCAUGGUGCCAGUCCCGGGCAGCCGGGCACAUCUGCCACCACCUUCUCCAAGGCCUGAGAGGAGGAGAGGACCUUCAGAGGGCCGAGGAACUGGUUGGAACAACAGGCAACAUGGAAAAUUGGCUGUGAAACCUGUCUAUAACAACCCUACCUGGCCUGGUCCGUCUGAAUGUGUCCUCUGCCCAAAAAAUCCUUUGUGCCAUGCAAUCAUCUUUUUUGUCAGUCAGGAUUUCAAGCUCUCACCUGAAACAAGCAUUAUCUGAAAGGUGAAUUGUGAAGUCAGGUCCACUCUGCAUUACUCACAUAAGGACAAUCAUUGAUUUUGUCUUUUUUGAAAGAAUUUUCUUAAGGCAUCUGACAAAGUAAAGAGACACCAAAGAUUUGAUGUUUUUGUUGGACGGUAUCAGACAUAUUGCCAGCCUCCUUCCACCACCCAAGUAGCCACUGACUUACAUUUUCUUCCAACUCACCUCCUUUGUGUCUGCCUUUUUAGUCUCUCUCUCAUCCCCUCUACGCCGGCACACGGAAGCAACAAGGGCAAAAGAACGGCAAUAAAUCUGACAACAGAACAGCACAUAGCCUUAUUAUCCAAGCCGCAUCCUGCUCACACAAGGCCGUCAUAAAGAAAACAACGCAGCCUAUGAAAAAAAACAACAAGGCUUUCCAAUUCUCCGCCUCUACCUCCCCCCUCCUCCUGUAGUCUCCUUCAUUCCUCGACCAAAGGUAUUCCCUGGUGGCCAGCCAUUUCAGAGAGCAGCUCAGCCUGAUCAUACAGCAAACUAAUGAAUUGAAAAAUGAAUCAAUGCAGACAGACAGAGCAGGGCCUUGACCCCUCCUGAAGGUGAAACUCAAGAUGCUCGGCAGUAGAUACUCAGGUCUUCCAGGCCCAGGUCUAUAUUUUUUGCACAGAUGUUGGAGGCCUGUAGGGAGACGUGUCAUUGUUACUCUUGCCUGAGCCUAGAGUCUGUGUUUCUCUGACCAACAGGAGAGGCGGGUGAGAUGUCUGGACAUGCUCUUUGUUCUGCUGGGAGCUUUUCCUCUGAUCAAUAACUGAAAACCAAGCGACAACAACACGCUCGGGCAUCCAGCCAACUACAUUACAGCUGCAUAUGAAAAGCAGAAUGUAAGAGGAGCACAUGGAACCCACUGGAGAUGGGGACACAAAGGCCUCAUAACAGCAGCAGCAGCAGCAGCACACCUCUCCCUCCCAGGUCCCGCCUGUGCUGGCAGAGCAACAGUGCCCCCUGCUGUUGAUAGCAGAGACCUGUAUCUAGCAGAGCAAUGGUGCUCAGAGUGGAGGAGAGGGAGCGAAGAGCCACUAGAUGCUGAGGAGAAGUCAUGGCACAACACAUUCAGGCCCUCACAGCUCUUUGAAGGCAGAUCAAUAGCUAACCAUUAUCCUAUUGUUGUUCCUCAUCCAACCAGCACCGGUGAGGCCGAAAGAGGGGGAUGGUUAAACUAAAUGCUGAAAAUGCAGGGAUUUAGCAAAGGCAGGGUUUAUUUAGCCAAUUCAAAUCUUCAAGAAUCCACAAAAUAUAAGUGCAGAAAUGACACAAAGACGGGAUAAAAAAAGUACAACAGAGUAAAAAGUAACAGAAAGGCUUCCUGAGACAGACACAUGUGAGGUGUUGUGGAGUUUUAAUUUACAUUAUUUUGGAAGGCUUCAUAUUUUGUCAAAUCAUUCUUCCAUUCUUCCAUCCCGUCUGUUUGCAAAAAUAUACUCUCAACAGAUGUGAUUCAAACCGACUCUCCUGGUUAUCCCCACACAAGGGUUAUCAGUAGCUAACCCAAAGCUAACCACCACACUCAGCUGUCAAAAUGCUACAAUAAUUAGUGCCAAUGCUUACUGCCUUAAUGCGAAUCAGAGAAUAUGGUACUAGGGUUCACACACAGCUACAGUGCGCCCCACUGAUGAUGGGCGGUGUGUGCCAUAGUAGCCAACAAUCAGCUUUUAUCUGAAUUAAAAUAUACUUUUUUAGUAAAAAAAUGAAAAAAAAAGAAUCAGAUUUUAAGGCAUACAAUAACCAAACCUCAAAUGACAAAGAUACCACACAUACAAGAAGUGUUUCCAAUACAAAAGAAAAUGUCUCCAACACAUAACUGGACACAUUUUUAAAGCAGAAGAAAAAUCUCUCAUUCUAUCUUUGGUUCUCUACCUCCUCUGUCCCUCUAACCCCCCUCUCUUUCUCUCUAUAUUGAUGCGGGUAUUUAAUUAGUACCAUAGACACAAAGUUUCUAUUUCUUGUUACUAUUGUGCUCUGUUGUGCAUAAGUAAGGCACCUUGUUGAUAAAUCAAAAACAAAAAGGAAGGACUUUUUAAAAGGAAAAGAAGAGGAACGCAAGGAUCGAGGCCAAUAAAGGACUUUUUUUUUGCAUUCUAUGUGAAUAUAGACUCGGAAGAGACAUUUACCAUGACAAAGAGGAGAAAAAGUAAAACAGGGAGCUGCUGAAGAGAAGAAUAAAUGAUGGACGCUCUCUCUCUUUUGGCAUUUUAAUGUCAGAACUGUGGUACCCUCAGCCUCCUUUAAGCUGAGCCCAAAGACUGGGGUAAAAUGGAGGGGGACAAAACAAGACCUCCAAAUGUCCUGGCUGAUUAAGUGUGUUUUAUUAGAAGGCGGGUGGGGGUGAGCUCGGGACUCAAUUGUUAUCUGUAUGGUCUUAAGAUGCAACUGUAGCAUUUCUAACAAUGUAGUCAGAUUAGCGGUGCAGAUUAGAUAAGAGAUGGUGCUUGUAUAGGAGAUGAUUGAGAGGUACUGACUAACUUCACGUUGCUCUAAGCAGUGAGUUGACGUCGCCAGAAGGAUGAUGAGCUAACAUCGAUUUGUGGUAUACAGUUCAGUGAGCAUAGGUGAAUAGCUAGAUUCAGCUCUAGAUGUUAGGCUGACAAAAUGACAUUUGUUUGUAGUGAGAACCAAUGUGGCUACCUCACUAAGCUGAGUGGUUUGUGAAACCGCCACUAAUACCAAAGAUACUGCAGCCUACCGGUCCCAAACUGCCUAGGGGGACACAAACCAAAAAACAAAACAAAAGAAGCCCCCCCCCUCUUUGCUCAAAACUGUCAGACACACUGAUAUCUCACACACAAAACAGCGCAGUCAGACUGCAUCGGGCCACAUAGGAGGAGGUGGCUGCCUUGCAGAUAGAGUUGAGUGCCUUUUCCCUUCAACCACGGGUGGGACUGCACUGGACGGACAGACACACACACACACACACACACACACACACACACACACACACACACACACACACACACACACACAUUCAAGACAACACACCCAUGAUUGGAUGGACAGAAGGGGGGGGGGGCAGAAGAGAGGGACACAGAGUGGGGGCUGUGUCAGCAUUUUCUUGCAUAUUGACUUUCCAUCUUGAUACACUAGAAUACAAGCACUUUAUCAUGUAGAAAGUCUAUAAAACAUUUUCUAUACACUAUUUAUUUGCAACAAAAUUAUAUGUUACUCCUUAAUCUGUCAGAGUCUUUGUUACUGUAUGGUUCUAGUAGCUCACAGCCUUUAUGUUUUUAUUUCUUUCUGUGCCCGGUGUGCUUAGACUCUCAGCCACUUUACCUCUCUCGCAUCAGAGAUAUUUUUGUGUAACAGAGAAAGAGGGGGUUGCAAUGGCAGAGGCUCUAAGCGCUCGUAGGGCUGUAGUUGUAAAAUGUUGCCACUUGUUGUCUCUCUAUCUCUCCACUGCGUGCAAGCACAGAGGCUGCACUGGAAAAGUGUGGAAGGCUCACUGACAGUUUCUAGAAAAAUUCUCUCCUCCCUCCACCUUGUCUGUCCAGUCGACCUCUCCCCCUGGCUAGUGCUAAGACCCGGUAGGCGUGUGUUGACAAUUAAUUCUGAAAUACCUCAAAAACCUUUCAUGUAAACUUUAUGUAAUUUAGACUGAAAAUAAUACUGCUAAUGAUAACAAUGAUUAUGAAACUAUGAUACUAUGAUAGUUAGUUUUGGAACUUGUGACUUGAAGCUUUAUACUGUUAAAUUCCUUUUAUUCGUUUGCUCAUUUUUCUCGUACGUUCUCUUGUUUGUUUUUGCUACGGCAUGUACUUACUGUUUUCAUUAGGGAAAGACAUUGUGAAUGUUUCUGUGAAGGGUUACAUGAGAAAAGAAGAGACAGAAGAGAAGGCGUAGAGAGCAAGAGGGGCAAGAAGUACUCACUUCAGAUGUUUAGUGCAAAGCUCUGUCCAAGGCGGGUUUAAAAGGAAAAUAACAAAAACAAAAGGAAUGACAAAAAUAGGAUUUGGGCUGAAUUCUUAACCAAAAAUUUGAUGUUAAACCAAAGGAGUUAUAACCUUUUACCCAUUGUGAGCUUUCUUCUGCCUUUAAGUUGUCUUUUCUCUGGAAAAAAAAAACAA